GAACAACAUGAAUCAGUACAUUGUUUUAGCUGUUUUGGUUGCUGUGGCUAUGGCCAAGCCACAAGGCUAUGGUGCAGCAGUCGGCCAACAGCAACAGGGUUACGGAGGCCAAGCUGGACAGCAACAGCAGAAGCCGGUAUACGGAGCUCAGUCAGGAGCGGCUCAACAGCAACAAGGUUAUGGUGCUCAAGUAUCUGCUAGCGCUGGAGCUGGACAGGGUUAUGGUGCUCAAAAUGGAGGUGCCCAGCAGCAACAGGGCUAUGGCUCUCAGGUCUCAGCAGGCGCUGGAGCUGGACAAAACUACGGAGCUCAGUCUGGUGCCGCCCAACAGCAACAGGGUUACGGUGCUCAAGCAUCUGCUAGCGCUGGAGCUGGACAAGGUUAUAGCGCUCAAAAUGGAGCUGCCCAACAGCAACAAGGCUAUAGUGUUCAGGCCGCAGCUGGAGCUGGACAAAAUUACGGUUCACAAAACGGAGGUGCCCAGAAGCAACAAGGUUACAGUGCAUCCAACUCUCAGCAAAAGCCAACGAAUAUUUACAACAGCAACGGAAACAGACCGUCCACAUCUGCCUCAUCUUACUCACAGCAGCAACCCCCUAUGCCAUUUGAGUAUGCCUGGGCCGUCAAGGAUGAGCCAACCAAGAACGACUACGCUCAUGAAACUAAGAGCGACGGCAAGGUUGUGACUGGAUCUUACCGCGUUGCUUUGCCUGAUGGCCGCACUCAAAUUGUUUCUUAUCGCGCUGAUGAGAACGGCUACGUCGCUGAUGUCAAGUACGAAGGUGAGGCUCAGUUCCCCGCACCAUCGAACGGUAACGGAAACUAUGGGAAUAGCAAUGGCUUUGGAAACGGAGGCAACAAUUAUGGAAAUGGCAACGGCAACAACAACUACGGAAACGGCAAUACCAGGCCUAAUGGAAAUGGCAACAAGCCAAGCACUUCAUAUUAGAACUUAACAAGAACUCGAUUAUGUAUCGCCAUAAUGCUUAAUUUUGUGUACGAAUAACCGUGAAAUUCAAAUACAUUUAUAAUUUUCUUACAACAA